GAUGGAGAUUAGAUAAUGCCGGUUCAUCUUUGCUAGGAAGCAGAAAUUAAACUAAUUAUUCGAUCAUGAAGUGCUCGAUCUUCUUUUUAUUGGCUCUCUGUGCCUUCCAAACAGUUCUCGCAGACGAGAUACCCCAUUAUGAGGAAAAACUUAUUCAGGCAAAACAUAAAUCUAUAAACGAAUUGUAUGAAGUCGUAAAGGGAUUAGAUGAUGAUAUUUGGAAAGAAGUUGACGAUAUUGAGCAAGAAGGAGUAAGGUCUGACGAAAUUGUGUACAAUUGUGGGUUUGAGGGUGAUGAGCAUAAAAAAUUCUAUAAAAAUUAUGAUGCCAAAAGGUAUCAAUGCCAUCAAUGCUAUACUAAAGUCAAAGAAGCCAAGAAUAUUAAGGACAUUCAGGGUGCAAAAAAGUGCUGCGAUAAAGUUUUAACUGCAUUAAAAAAACAGGCAAACUUAUUACGUGAUAAGAUUAUAAAAUGUGUUAAAAAAUGUGCUCAACUUGGAGGCGACUGCAAAAAGAUGAUUAAAAAUCAAGGUGCUGCCUUCACGAAGACUCCAGGUGCCAUCAGCAGUAAGAGUGAUUAA